AUGAGCGCCAUUCGAGGCUUUCUCAACGUCUUCAAGGCCCGCAGUGUCCCUGUACCUGCGGGGCGAAUCAUCAACCUUAAACCCCUCAGCGACUCCAGCACCAACGCUCGCGUGGGGAGCGCAUUUCUCGAACGCUGCAAUCCCUUUAGAGAUAUUCCCAACGAUGCGCGACUCGAAAACACCCUCUGCGAAGUUCGCUACAUCGACCGUACCCUGCGCGAUUUGAUGGUUCCAACCUCUUUGCCCGGCGACGAUUAUAACCUCUGCUCCAAACUGCUGCGCAGUCUUGAAACGCGUCGCGAUUUGACGUGGUUGGUCCUCCGCGAGACGGAUAUUAGGGAUACAGUCAGCGCUAUUGCGCGCAGAGGUGGACGAAGAGCUCCUAUUCCUGAUGAGCCUCAUGAUCUUCAAUCGAGGGUCAAGGCUCUUGAGCGACAUUGGUCAGCGCUGGAAAAAUGCCACACCAAGCUUAGAGAAUGGGAGCCCAAAUACGCCACCCAAGCACAACCGCCAUUGUUAGAAGGGCAGGAAGAAUAUGCGCUCGACUUGAACGACGAACAAGCCACACAUGCGGAAAUUGAGUACCGCGAAUGGCGCUCUGAUCGAGAUAGAAAGGUUUCAUACCUAAAAGUCAACCCACCCGAGCCAUCUGCCUUUGUACCCGUCGAACGUCGCGACAUCCAAACCGACGAAACAUGGAACAUCCUUCCUACAUCAAAUGGUCACUACGGGAAGCGCCUGUUACCAGUCUGGACACCCAUUCUCUUCCAAGAAGUACCGCUCGAAUGGGAGAGUCCCCAAGGACGGUUAUUGACUACAAGAGCGGAAAGGAGACGGAGAGAUGAGUUUCGCAGAAGAGAGAACAACAGAAGAGAGAAGAAGUACGAGUUUCAAAAACAACUUCUGAAGCAGACGAGCGAGGCAUGA